UGACAAUCCUGGUAAAAACAUUAAUUUAACUAUUCCACCAAGCGCUGACCUAGCUUGACAUCUUGCUUCCUUCCCAACCGCUGUCACAAUCCCAGGCGCCCGUUGUUCGCAUUACGGAGGGGGAUGUAGUUAACUAAUAUUUAAUUACUUUGCAAAUAGCCUGCGCCAUGCAACGAAAUUUUAGGGCGACCUGCCAACGGCAACCAUUGCUGCGAGCACCUGCGAGGCUCAGCAGGCCUUCGCGCAACAGCAACAGCAAGACCCCAACAGCUUUUGCCAGUAGCAAAGCUACGCCAGCUAAAGCCAUGCCCGCGAUUACUCGUCUAGAACUUUACGAUGACCCACACAGCGAGUACAGCGCCAAAGUAAAGGUGGCGAUGCACGCGAAGGGCCUCUGCUGGGCGACCCUACCGGUGCCCUGUGGAGGCACCCGCAGUCCUGACUUCCUGGCGAUUAACCCUCUCGGCAAGAUUCCUGUGCUGUGCGUGACCUUUGACGAUGGCCGAAGGGAGUCAGUGUUCGAGAGCGAGGUCAUCCUAGAGCUGCUGGAGGAGCUGUUUCCGCAGCCGCCGCUGCUGCCCGCCGAGCCCCUGGCGCGCAGCAAGGCCCGGCUCAUCUCCCGCUACCAUGACCUCUACCUGGAGCCCGCAUUGCGGCGAUUGUACGGCAUGGUGGCUCCAUCGGGGGGGCAUUCGAAGCAGGAGGUGCAGGAAGCGGUCGCCGCCUUCACCGCUCGAUUGUCCGAGCUCGAGUCCCUGCUACCUCCCGACCGUACUCUCGCCCUAACCGAUGAUAACCAACUAACGCUUGCGGAUUGUGGCUAUCCGGCGCUGUUCCUGUACACCGAGCUGCUGCUACCGGUUCUGUUGGGGAGGUGCGGGCGGCCGUCAGACGGCUGCAGCGAGCAGCAGCAGGUGCUGCCCCCCAGGCUGCGGCGCUGGCGGACAGCGCUGUGGGGGCACCCGGCGGUGCAGGCAGUGCUAGCAGAGCUGCGGCCGGCAGCGGAGGAAUGGCUGGCAGGCAGGUCACGGAGCUAGCUGAUGGGCGACGGGGCGGAGCGGAGUGAUGGGGCUUGCUUUGAGGGCAUUGAGGUGGCGUGCAUGCAUGCAUGUCUGGUGGUAGCUGCAGUAAUCGGUCGUAUGACACGGUGCGAGCCAGGUUACGCUGCCAACUACCAUUAGCCUUCAAGGUUGCAACUUGAUGGUAUAUAGGGUUUUGAGCGGAAAGGCAACAGGCAGGGGCAGGACUGCGCCGUUUCUACAAUAGAAGUGUCCUUCCUGGCAACUAUAAUAGGAUAAUGAACGGCAACCACGCUACAACGGUCAUCUGCCAGCUGCAAAAGGACACCGGCAAGCUGCUACAAUUAACUAUUGCUCCAUAAUGCUAAUACAGU